UGUCUUGUGCGUCCGUCUGGUUUGUAGGCGCCUCGUCAACACCACUCUACAACACACUUCACCUGUCAUUUUAGUGGGUGUUAUCUAGAGUAGAAGCUGAUUUUCAAUGACCCGGAAGGUAUUAGCAGUCGAAAUACAUUAAUCCGGAAAAUUUUAACAUCUACAAGACAUCAUCCCAUGGACCCGUCCAAGACAGAUGCUGAGGACUGGCGUGUGGACAUAGAAAUGAUGGAGCGUGAUGAGCUAGGAGGCACUGGAGACGGAGGAGGCCUUAGUGACGGAGGAGGACCUAAUGGCGUAGGAGGACCUAAUGACGGAGGAGGCCUUAGUGACGGAGGAGGACCUAAUGGCGUAGGAGGACCUAAUGACGGAGGAGGCCUUAGUGACGGAGGAGGAUCUAAUGACGGAGGAGGACCUAAUGACGGACUACUUCCGUUACUCAGGGCUAUCAAGCACCAUGACUUAAACCAGGUGAGGGAGGAGUUACUGCAGAGAGGUGAACUAGAGGCCAGAAAUUUGGUGUGUGGAAACCCCAAGUUUCUCCACACUGCUGCUUCCGUCCUGGACCUCGACAUCAUUAACCUGCUGCUGAGUCUUGGUGCCCAGGUGACGGCUGAGGACAAGGAAGGCAACACAGUGUUACACAGAGCGAUUGCUGCUCGACCUUGUGACAUCACCGCUCAAGACACCAUCCGGGAAAUACUAGAGAUUUUUCUGGCAGCUGGCGCAGACGUCAACUCAACCAACCAAAAAGAAGAGUCACCGCUUUACUUGGCUGCCCAUUUUCAGCUGCCAAAUAUCGUUAAUUUUUUGUUAUCAGAAAAGGCUAACCCGACGAAGGUGACGAAGGCGGGGGAUACUGUGGUACACGCAGCAUGUAACCCAGGUUGUGCCACCUGUCUUAAAUACCUCCUCAACACUGGCCGCGUCAGGCAUCUGGUGACGCAGCCAAACCACAAAGAUGUCCAACCAUUUAUGUACGCUCUUCAAAGUUGUUCAGCCAAAUGUUGUGAAAUUUUAUUGAACAAUGGGAACCACUUGACACGGACACACUGGAAUAAUAUCUCGAGCUGUUCAUACCUGAUCCAGUACCAACCUACCGCUACCGAACUCCUCACACGAGUAUUUGACGCCAACAUCAGAGAAUCCAAUCAGCAAAAGGACAACAAACUCCGCAUCAUUUUUAACUAUUCUGUGAUACUGCCACAGACGGAGGGCGGGAGACGGCCUGCACAGAAUCUGCUACAGAAGGCCACCACGAUACAGAGCUCCAUAAUAUCUGAUAUCAACAAUACGGAGGCAGAAUGUCUUCUCAAACACCCGCUCAUGGAGACGUUUAUUUACCUCAAAUGGGGUAAAGUUAAGCACAUAUUUCACGGUGAGCUUUUCAUAUUCGCCUUGUUUUUAUUGUGCCACACAGUUUACGUCGCUUCGGUGUACGGGGAGACGACGAGGAUGAUGAGCGAUCUCACUACCCAUCCACUGUUUCGAGGUUUUCAUGCAUUCCUUUACUGCCUCACGUUGAUUCCAGAGUUAAUCAUCGUUAUUUCACACUUCAAAAGUUAUUUCAAGUACAUGGAGACAUUGUUAACAGCUACAUCAGUAAUCUGUUCAGGGUAUAUUGUUUUCAGAAACAUUACGAUAACCGGGGCAUCAUUAGUGUCGAGCCUGAGCACCACAGCAUCAGGGAACGAAGAGAAAAACGGUGAAAAUGAACAGUUGUCAGUAGAGAGAACAGUGGCCGCCAUAUCAAUAUUCACUAGCUGGGUCAGGAUGAUGAUGUUGUGUGGUCGACUUGGUUUCUUUGGCUCUAACGUCCUUAUGUUCUCAAGAGUUGCUAAAUCAGCUGUGAAAUUCAUAGCGGGAUUUUCUGGUCUGUUGAUUGGUUUUUCAACGAGUUUCUUCAUCUUGUUCCCUGAAGAAACAGAAUUUAACACAUUUUGGAAGAGUUUGGCCAAGACACUCACGAUGAUGAUUGGGGAGAUAGACUACAGCAGUCUAGUGAAGAAAAAUACACCCUACAUCGUCUACAUAUUCUUAGUACUGUUUAUAUUCCUCGUAUGUGUCCUGAUGGCCAACUUGCUCAUAGGUUUGGCUGUAGACGACAUAGCUAACUUGAGGAGAAAUGGGGAGGUUGAGAAACUCUCCAGACAAGCCACGUUCAUUGUCACCUUUGAGAAUUUUGCCGUUUUUGCUCGAAACUCCAGGUUUUUCCCGCGCCGACUGGCAACAUACUUUAUUGAACUCCCAAAAGUGAAGGAUGAGAAAAGUUUCAAGAUAAAUGAGAUUAAAAGCAAAAAGUCGUUCCUCUGUAGGUAUGAUCUCCCGAGAGAAACAGUAGAAAAAGCCCAGUCAAUUGCAAAAUCCAACCAGACCCUUAAACACGAAGAACUUACAAUGACACCGCGGACAAUAUUAAACGAGAUAAAAAAGUUAAGAAAACAGCUUGAAAACUUUUCUACUCUGCUUCAGUUUCAGAACCAAAAUCAAAAGUAAAAAAAGUAAGUAAAAAGCAAAUAAGAAGUGAAGAAGCUACCCAGUUGUUCACUCCUCCAGUCCUCCUUAGCAACUGUUGGUCAAAUGGACACCUCUGAUCUAACCCUCACUCCUCUCGGGCUCUUGAUCUAACUAAUGACAAGUCCACACGAGAGAAUAUGGGAGGAGCUUAUUUUUCAUAUCCAAAAUAAAUGGACUUAAAUUAAUGUCAAAAAGAUUAAUGACUUAUUGUUCCCUUGUAGUCAAUACAGUAUAUUUAUGGUAAUUUUUUAGUGGGUAGUAUGUUUGUGUAUUUGUUUGAAUUAUUAUCCAGAAACGAGUCAUUGAAGAUAAAUGUAUUUGUCAGAAAUUUUCCGGUAGAACAGUAAUAUUUUCAUCUGCUAGUAAAGUCAAGUUUUGCUGAUAGUCAGAUUAAGUAGGUCAUAUCAGGUUAGACCAGGCUAGUUAAGUAAAGUAAGGUUUGGUUAGGUUAUGCACGGUUAGGUUAUGGUUGUGUUGCAUUGGAUUGGGUUGAGUUAGUUAGGUUAGUUUUGUUUGGGAUGAGUUGGGUUAGGUUUGGUAGGACUGGAUUAGGUUAGUUCAGGUUGGUUUGUGUUGGGUUAGCUUAGUUUAGGUUGGGUUAGAUUGAGUUGGGUUGUGUUGGGUUAGGUUAGUUCAGGUUGGGUUAGAUUUGGUAAGGUUGGGUAAGAUUAGGAAGGCCAUCCUGUUGUUGUGACCUUCACUUCUGAAUCUACGGAUGUUUCUGUUUACAGCUGAUGGUCUCAGUGGAUAUCCUGUAAUGUUUCAUCACUUUAUGAGUCUUUUCAAAUCCUUUAGUAGUAGUAGUAAUAAUAGUAGUAGUUAUAGUAGUAGUAGCUGUCGUUGUUGUAGAAGUAGUAGAUACCAUUGCUCUUAGGUACGGUUGGCCAAUGGAAGGCAUGCCCGCCCAUUGUAUGUGUGUGGAACAUCCUACGACCUCAACCACUCCACGGUGUACAGUACAAGAAGUGAGAUUUCGUUUGCACAAGGCAUGACGAAAUAAGGGACCUCACAGCCUAAUGAUUUUACUGAGGAGCCUCCUACCCGCUGAAAGAUUAAUGAACCACUGCCCACACUAUCUCCUUAACCAAUAGCGAAUUCAUAAUAACUGUAAAUUAAUCACAAGUAACACUAAACAUUUUUAUAUCUGUUGUUUUUGUUGUCUUAGUCAUUAUACUUAUUAAACUCAAUAAAAUCUA